AUGUGCAGCACAAUGACAUCGCGCGAGAAGCAGCACCGGUCGGAUCCAGCAAUUUCUGUCGAGGGACCGAGCUUGUGGGCGAGGACAGCAGCAGGGAGCGGCAAUACAUGGGUGGAGGAGCGGGAAGGAGCAAGACUCCCCCCAUCCGCUUCUCGAAACCCUGGAGCGGCGCGGGGGCGGCGCCUCCAGCGGUUCGCCCUGUCCUUCCACAUCGGCAAGCUCAAGGCCGAGCACUUCCGCCGCUGGCUGGACUAUGCCGCCGCCUGCGCCGUCGAGGACCUGCACGUCCACCUCGCAAACCGCGUCUUCAACAUCUUCGAGUACCGGCUCCCGCUGGGCGACCCCCACCUCGCGCGCCUCUCGCUCCGCGCCGUGACCGUCGACCUCCCCGGGUCCUUCUCCGCCGACUCCCACCCCUUCUCCGCCCUGGAGGUCAUCCACCUCCACUGCGUCCGCAUCUCCGACCGCACGGUCAACCGCCUGGUCGCCGCGUGCCCCCUCCUCCAUACCCUCGAUCUGCGCUACUGCGAAAGCCUCUUCUCCGUCAUCGUCGCGACGGCCGGGGCACACCUGAGGAGCCUCACCCUUGCAGAGUGUGGUUCGGAAGCCGAAGUUUUUUUUGCCGGCGAUGCGUCCGGCCUGCGCUCAUUCCACUACAGCGGCGCCUACAUUCCCGCUUACAGCAUCCCGGCCACCGCCAAUCUUGCUGACCUUUACAUCUGCUUCGGAGGACCUAACCGCUGGAGGCAAUUGUCAGGACCUUAUUGCGAGCUGCGCACAAACUGGCUUCAACUACUAACCAGUCUGUCCAACCUCACUGUGCUUACCCUCUGCAGCAGUGCCCUACGGAGACUGUCUGCCAAAGCUCGUGCCAGAUUAGUUGCCACAAGUGCCGCACCAUGCAAAUUGCUGAAUUUGAGAGAGCUUCAGCUACUGAUGUUCGCAAUGGAGAUCGACAACAUAAACGACAUUUACACUUUCCUUGUGACCUGCUGUGGUCCUCGAUUGGAGAGGUUAUUUGUGCAGCUUCCGACAAGUAGUUGUCAAUAUAGGCCAGAGGAUGAACCAUCAGGAUCAGAAUCUGAGGAAAAUGAGUCAGUGGAAGAGCUAUCAGAGCAAGAGGCAACGGAGGAAGAUGAGCUAGAUGAAGACUUGUCAGAAGGAGAAACACUGGAGAAAGAUGGGCUAGAGGAAGAGUUGUCAGAGGGAGAUGCCCUGGAGGAAGAUGAGCUAGAGGAAGAGCUGUCAGAGGGAAUUGAACUCGAGGAAGAGUUGUCAGAAGGAGAGCCACCUGAAGAAAAUCAAUCACAGAAACAUGGAUCGAUGGAAGAGAUACCUGAUGGAGGGCAAUCAGAGGAAGAGACACUAGAGGAGGGCGAUGGCUUUGAGAACCUUCUGUUGGUCAACAUGAUGAAUUUCAAGGGGCGCCACCAUGAGAUGCAGCUAGUAAGCCUUUUCUUGAAGAAGUCUACUAGUCUCAACCAACUGAUACUGUUUACUCCCAAGAUUAAUCACCCAGAAUGGCUUCAGAAGGAUCAUAUGAAUACUUCACAUAUUCUUGAAAGAAAACUAUCGCCUCUCAGAAAGGUGUCACCGAACGUUCAGAUAGUACUCAGUGAGCCUGAUGAUAGUGCAAUUCAGCAGUUGCACGAGGCUUUUGUCAAGGUUUAAUGAUUUGUUUGUUGUAGAGUUAUGACCAGAUUAUGCGAAAUAUCAGAAACAAGCAACUAUUAGGCAAGGCAAAGAACAAGCUAAUCUGCAAGGUAGGCAGGAUGCUGUGUUCUGUAGUGCAUCAAGGAUCAUUGAGUAUGUUGUCUGGGCCUUAUACUUUGCAGCUUAACUCCUUAAGACUUACCAAAAAUUUGAUGGGUCUACAUUAACCUGUUGCCUUGUUGGUGACAGGAAAGUAUUACAAAAACACUGUA